GCUUGGUUUCGGAAUGCACUAUCUAAACGACUGAGAGAAAAGUGCUUGACCAUGUUGUGUACGAGCAGACAGUCUGCCUAUCUGCUUUGGUGCUUACUGGAAAGGAACAUUCAAGUCGGCUCGGUAUCGAUUGCAAUAGGUCAAAACAGUGACGACCACACAACAGGCAGUUUUGGGCGCCGAGAUUGAGAGAUUGAGGAGGGCUUGGGUAAGGGGCCGUGGAGGUGAGGCGGCGCCGUGAGUGCGCCGGGGAAUAUGGAGAAUCCGAUUUCGCGUAGUAGCUUUCGCCUUGCGUAUUUAUAUUUGCCAAGAAGGUGUUAGUCGAGGCGACUGACUGUGCUCAGUGGAUGAUGUGAGCUGUUCGGGAGUGUUGUGUUCGCGUACGUCACAUAAUUUAUUAGUUGACUUUUGCUAAGAGUAGUGAGCUAUAAAUACCUAAAGGAAAUCAAAAAUCAGUAGAACCUAUUAUUCACAGCACACAUAAUUGAGUGGUAAACGCGUCGGUAAUUGGCAGGGAUUGAUUCACUGGGGUUUCCGUCUGUUGAACGCCUUCAAAGGAGUCUUGAAUCGAAAUCCCCUUGCGAGCGAUCGAGUCGUGAGUGGUCAGCGGCGAGGAGCGCCACCUUGCGCCAGAUAAAAUCCCUUUGUGCAAUGCGAAUUGAAGAGACUGCCCUAUUGUGCCCAGAAUGUUCUUGAAGACGUCGAGCCGUUUGUGAAAAGUGCCAAGAGUUGGUUUUCAUUGUGCCGCCUGCCAAUUGUGAAAGAAAAGCUCGCGGGCAAGUGGUCAGCUGCUUGGCUAGACGGCGUGACUUGUUUUGAAUCUGAGAAGGCGUAACUGGAUAAGAAUAAAUUUUUGAAAAUGCACGAAAUUAUGGCGUUGCAGAAAGUCACAAGUGGCAAGGAGUGCUUUUAACAAUGCAAUGACGAUAGCAGAUUGGUUUAACUUUUUGCAUGAACAUUGAAUUCCUUUGAAAAUGGGUUUAACGCCAUCACCACUUAGACGAAGGGGGUACUUUAUAGUAACAUGCGUUGUUAUUUUCGUCCCUUUUACAGUCUUGAUACUGUUAGUAGGUCCAGAUUUAUCAGCAGAACAGACUCUAUCACAACGAUUAGCCGAAUUCCAAAUGAGAAUGCAAUAUUUAGAAUCAAUGUAUCGAGCAAGGCAAGAAGAUGUGGCCAUACUGUCCCAAUACUUAGGGUUGUCUGGUAAUAAUGGCGAAUCGUCAAAUAUCACAAUCAAUGGCUCGGUGCUGGAAUCACUGAGUCCUGAAGCCAGAGUAAUCGUGAAAAAUUCAACGCUCUCCUCAAGAUUCCCAUCAAGUCUGAGAUUACCAACAGCAUUCCAUUUUUUGCCGCAUUUACUAGAUGACCCCUCCUCAUUGAGACCGGCAUUCAUGUUGACGAGAGGGCGAACAGGGGUCUCGAUUGCUUUAGGAGUACCUACAGUUAAGAGAGAUAAGCAAUCUUAUUUGAUGGCGACUCUGCAGAACGUGAUUUCGAAUAUGGACGAUGCCGAACAGAAUGAAACAGUAAUUGUGGUCUUCAUUGGGGAAACCGAUAUGGAUUACGUUACGUUGGUAGCAAAACAAAUCGAAGUGCGAUUUGCACAAUAUGUAGAAAAUGGUCUCAUUGAGGUGAUAGCGCCCACAUCGUCAUACUAUCCUAAUUUAGACAAUCUCAGGUUGACACUAAACGAUCCAAUCGAGCGAGUUAAGUGGCGAUCAAAGCAAAAUCUAGAUUAUGCCUACCUCAUGGCAUAUGCUCAACCCAAAGCAACUUUUUACGUCCAGUUAGAAGAUGAUAUAUUAGCGAAACGUGGAUUCAUCACAAUCAUGAAAAAUUUCGCACUGGAACGGACAGCGACGAAAUCCAUGUGGUUCGUAUUGGAUUUUUGUCAGCUGGGCUUUAUUGGAAAAAUGUUUAAAUCGGCCGAACUUCCAUGGCUGAUAACAUUCUUUCAGAUGUUCUACAACGACAAACCGGUUGAUUGGUUGUUAGACCACUUGAUUGAGACACGAGUAUGCAACUGGGAGAAGGACCAAAAGCAUUGCAAACAAGAAAAGGCCAAGUAUUGGAUACAUUAUAAGCCGUCAUUGUUUCAACACAUUGGAACGACAUCAUCAUUGAAAGGAAAAGUACAAAAAUUAAAAGAUAAACAAUUUGGUAAAAUACCAAGUUUUUAUCCGCACACCAACCCACCGGCAACAGUGAAGACUGCAAUUGUACCCUAUAAAAACUACCAGUUGCUGCGUGCUUAUAAAGGCGAAACGUAUUUUUGGGGACUGCUGCCCCAGCCGGGAGAUUUGGUGGAGUUCAUUUUUGAUGAACCAAUUGCCAUAAAAAGAUACCUAUUCCGAAGUGGGAAUAGUGAACACCCAUCGGAUCGUUUCUAUAACACAACAACAGAGGUGCUGCCUGCUGCGUUAACAGAAAAUUCCCCCAUAUGGAGUACCUACAAUUCAACGCCAGAUGGAUUUCUAAUAAUUGGAUCGUUCAAUGAAUUCGGAAUAGCCGAAGGAGUUGUUGAUCCGAAGAUCGGGACCAUAAAGGAAAUCCGCUUGCAUGUACACAGCGAUAGUGAAAAUUGGGCCAUCUUAAGCGAGAUCCACAUUCAGGAGGCAUCAAACAGGUGACCUAAGAAAAUUCGGAAGAUUCUUACAAACAAUAAAUUUAUACAACGAUUUGGAUCGUAAUUUUAUGAAAGUAGAUAUUUCUCAGAGUAAUACCUGAGUUUGAGAGUUAUUGGAGACUAUGUUUUAAAUUUAAAUUUUACUGUAAAUUUAUAGCAUAAAAGUAAACGAAUAACUGUGAUAACAACAAAGUAAAAACUAAUAUAUGUGUUGCCGUGCUAUA